CACCACGCUGUUAAGAUGGCACAUGGGUCUGCUCCAUGGCUAGUGGACCACUCAGUACUGAAAGCUGAAAUCUCCAAAUGUAAUCUUGAUGACACACUCGAGAAAUGACGAUGAACCCCCAAAUCGGGAAUUCUUCAAGUUGUUCUCAGAUCGCUUGCUGAUUCUUUCGCUUCAACCCUAGACCAGAGGUACGUAAUUCAUAUUCACUCUUUCUUCCAAAUUGUACAACUUGUUAAAUUCAGUUCAACAAUUUGAUAAUCGAGUACCUACUAAUUUGUUUUAGUAAGUUUUUCUUCAUAUUCAGCACCCCAGUUGCCAUUAAUCUGAUUAGAGAGUAGAAAAAAAAAGAUUUUUGACCCAUUAACACGGUUCUCGUGUCCUUAGGUUAGGUUAGGUUAGGGCUGCAAUCGAGCCGAGCCGAGCCAGGCUGGGCUCGAGCUCGAACUCAAACUUAAACCAGCCAGCUCGGCUGGUUUGUUUGUUCUUGGCUUGUAAAUACUUCGAGCCAAGUACGAUCAAGCCGGCUCGUUAAUUUCUUUUAAAGUUUUUGUUAAUUUUUUUUUUACAAAUAUUGAUAACAUAGCAAAUAAAAAUAAAAAAAUUAACACACAUUUCUAGUAUAUAUACACACUUACGAGCCACGAGUCGAGCCAUCGAGCCGAGCCACGAGUCGAGUCACAAGCCGAGCACCCUUGGCUCGAGCUCGGCUCGAUUACAAAAGGAGCUGUCUUGGCACAGCUCGAUAACAAAACGAGCUUUUUUCGAACGAGUUUUUUUCGAACGAGUUUUUUUCGAGCAAGCCUCGAGCCGCGGGCGUUUUGAACACCCCUACCUUAGGUCAACCUACUUUGGAGGAUAAAGAGCAGCAUCAGUAUCAUUAUGGAGUAUCAAAACCCAACAAGAACUCACUGCCUAAAUUCGGAUAUCAUCAGCACCCUUCCUCAAAACAUAAUUGAAUAUAUUCUAUGUCUAAUGCCACUCCGAGACGCACUACGAACGAGUGUUUUGUCAAAGAAAUGGCGGUACAGUUGGGAGAAAGUGCCUAAACUUGCAUUUACAGACAAUCUGGCUGAAGGGCCAUCUAGUUAUCUCGGUGAAGUCGUCGAGAAGAGACUUAAGGUUACCAGGGCCAUCCGCCACGUCUUGACUCGCCACAACGGUCCCACAAUACUCGAGCUCAAUUUUUCUGUUGGUCAAUUGAAAUUGUUUUCUGACUUUGACCAGAUAAUAAUACGAUGUCUUUCAAGGCAAAAUGUUGUGAAAGAAGUCAUCUUUAUUAUUAAAGACGGAUGCUACAACCUACCCUUUUCGUUCUUUUCACUGCAAGGAUUAGAACGCAUACAUCUACAAAACUGUGGUUUUGAACUCCCGUUAACGUUUUAUGGGUUUAGUAGGCUGAGGAGGAUAUUGUUUACGAAUGUCGAGGUUUCUGCUGAAAUGCUUCAAGAGUUCCUCUCCCAUUGCCCGCUACUCGAUGAAGUCAUUUUGAAUGGGUAUCAAGAAAGCGUUGACUUUGCAUCAGGAGGAAACAAGUUGACAUUUGUUGAUCUUCUUCGGUGUGUGCCUCUGCUUAAGACUUUGGAGGUCUCAAAGUAUUAUAUGAAGUAUUUGACUGCAGGUGGUAUGCCAGACAAGCUUCCAACUUCACUAGCCCAUCUCAAACAUCUACAUCUGGAUGUGUGCUUUAUGGAACAAAUCGAAAUAUCUUCCGCCAUCUGUAUGAUCAGGAGCUCCCCGGUGUUAGAGAAAAUUGUUUUUCUGAUGUGUGAUAACGAGAAGCUGCCGGUUCAACAAACUUCCAGCAACUUUUUUGAUUCCAAAGACUACUCGGAUUUGAAAUUGGAUCAUCUUGAGACGUUAGAGAUGAAAAUGUUUAAUAACUUACCUCUUGAGAUGGAAUUUGUGAAACUCGUCAUGGCCAUGUCCCCUGUGCUAAAGAAGGUACGGAUUGAGCUUAAUGACAAUGUUUCCGUUGAUGAAGAACUGAAGAUGCUUAAAGACAUGCUUCUACUCCCAUUUCCGCGAGCAUCACCUUCUGCAAAGCUAAUAUUUGUACGCCCAUAAACGUCUUUAUGAAGGCUGGUAUUUUUAUAAUGCUACUUAAUAUCCUUGGUUAGGAUUAAGGAUUGUCAUCGCAUAGUGUAAAAUUGACUGUUUAACCCGUAGAGGUUAAUCAAACUAUGUUAUGUGUAUUUACUUAUGAAACUGUGACUUCCUUUUAGUUUGAA